GAUGCAUCAGUACUUGCCAACCUAAAGUGUCUGUUCUUUCCCCAUCUGUCAUACUUCACGAGUCACCGUGUCUUAGAGCCCUUUAUUCCGUCUAUUGCAUCUUUUAACUGCGCUGGCGCCACACAACACAUUCCGAGAUAUCUGGCCGGCUUCUUCAUUCCCGGAGCUGAGAACUUCCAACGCUCGUCAGUAUGGCGGUUCUCUCAGCGGAAGGCCCAGCGAUUUCUAUGUCCUUUGCCAACAACUUCUGGGGCAAGGACGAUGCUGGUGUUGGGCCCCUGUUGGAGCGUAUGCAGGCAGCCAAACAGACGUGUGAUGAGCUCAAGUCUUUUUACAGUGCACGCGCCUCUCUAGAAGACGAAUAUGCGCGUAAAAUACUCUCGUUGUGUCGCAAGCCGCUCGGAUCGCAGGAGAUGGGGAGUCUUAGAACAUCGCUUGAUACGGUUCGCGGCGAGCUCGAAGCCAUGGGAAGACAACAUCAGAGCAUUGCCGCGCAGAUGAAAACCGAGCUUGAGGAACCCCUUGCAGCAUUUGCAGGAGGGAUGAAGGAGCGUCGAAAGAUAGUCCAAAACGGCAUCGAAAAGCUUCUCAAGACGAAGAUACAGCAGACACAACAGGUGAACAAGACACGCGAUCGCUACGAGCAGGAAUGCCUGAAGAUCAAGGGGUACCUUGCCCAAGGCCAUAUGGUGAUGGGUCAAGAGGAGCGAAAGAACAAAGCCAAGCUUGAGAAAACACAAAUCAGCGUCGCCACAUCAAACACGGAAUACGAGCACGCCGUCAAAGCACUCGAGGACACGACGGUGAGAUGGAACAGGGAAUGGAAAGCGGCAGCAGACAAGUUCCAGGAUCUGGAAGAGGAGCGCCUGGACUUCACAAAAAGCAGCUUGUGGCAGUUUGCAAACAUCGCUUCCACUGUUUGUGUUAGCGACGAUGCUUCGUGCGAAAAGAUACGUCUCUCCCUGGAAAAGAUGGACGUUGAAGACGACAUCGCCAACUUCAUCAACGAGAAAGGCACAGGGCAGGAAAUUCCAGAUCCGCCGAAGUAUAUUAACUUCUGUCGGGGAGACGUCGCCGACAGUCAAUCGGAGGCAUCUGAGGAUGAUAGCUACUCGGUUGCGCAGUUUCCCAGGAGCAUCAAUCCAGCAUUCAGAUCUUCCUCGCCCCAGCCGUCAACAUACGAGUCUCACCAUGACCCGAACUCCAGUCUCGCUCGGGACUUGGGCCAUAGGGAGGCACCCCAACCCAGUCGAGACUCUGGCUUUGUUCCGAGAAUGAUGCCCCAACCGGCGGCGGGCGAACGAGAGACGUAUCCAUCGAGUCGAGAAGCCAGCGUUGCGCCGAGAAUGAUGCCACAACCAGCAGCCAGCCAGCGGGACUCGCACCAGUCCAGUCGAGAAUCGAGUUUUACGCCCAGAAUGAUGCCACAGGUAGCAGCCGGUCAACGGGAGAUGCAACAACAACAACCCCAUCGAGAAGCCAAUCUGGCGCCCAGAAUGAUGCCGCAAGUAGCAGCCGACCAACGGGAGGCGCACCAAUCCAGUCGCGAAGCGAGUCUUACGCCGAGGAUGAUGCAACAACUACCGGCCAGCCAACGAGAGCCACAGCAGUACGGUCAAGAAGCCAGUCUUGCGCCGAGGAUGAUGCAACGGCCACCGACCGGUCAACGAGAGACACAACAAUACGGCCAAGAAGCCAGUCUUGCGCCGAGGAUGAUGCAACAACCAGUGGCCAGCCAACGAGAGGCACAACAAUACAGUCAAGACUCUAUUAAUGCGGCGAGAAAGAUGCCUCAGUCAGAGGUCGGUCAACGACCCGGCUAUGGAGAUAUGCCUCAACAUCUGGCCCAGAGAAGACAGCCACAACCGCCACCCCCCACAAUUCCCCCUACCAGCUCUCUGGCCCAGGUUCCUCACGAUCCCUAUCCUCUCGACGGCAUGACAAUGCUUUGCAGAACCGGACCACCUUCAGAACGCAGUUCUCAGGCUCCUUCGGCACGACCGUCGAGUCGAGAUUCGCACAGCGAUUACAGCAACCCCACGUCCAUGUCUAGCCAAGAAUUGCCAAGCGGAAAGGUUUCACCGGCUAAGCCAGAUAAACAAGAUCAGCCAGUCGAGGUGGUGCAGGAGAGGCGGGUUCUGAAGAAGAAGAGCAGUCUUUUUAAGAACAGUCCAUUCCGCAGAAAGAGUUUCAAGGAAACCAACACAAGCGACUCCAGCUCAAACAGGAAUACAUGGCAUGCCUCGUCGGUUGCAAGUCAAAGUACCCCGACUCGACGACCACAGUUAUAUUCUCAGCAGCAGGCAUCGAGAAGCACUCCUAAGCGAGCCACGCCCAGCCCCGAGCCGAUUGAGGCCAACGCCACCCUGGCCCUUAACGUCGGUCAAAAUGUUUUCCCAGUCAGCAACCCAGAUACUGAGGGGAAGCAGGAGGCCAACCCGGCAGAAGAUAUUGAUGACACUGACCCUAUCGCAUUGGCCCUGGCCGAACUCAGGGGUGUCGAGAAAACCGGUAAACAGGCAGCGGGCAGGGUGUCCGCAGAUCGGUAUCACGGCAUCGCAACGCCCGCUCCUAGCGCAGCCAUUGAGCCACUCUCUCGACCAGUAGUGCCUGCCGUGGGAAGCAACAGCGCAGCGGGAGCGGGCCUAAGGGGGACCCCGCCUCCAUUAUAUGAUAACCAGGUGCAGAGAUUGGGCGUCCCGCCCCAGGCAGUGACAGCCAAGGCGAUGAAAGAGACGUCGCGGAAAUUUGCGGACCAGACACGAAACAUUUUUGGCUCUGGGAAUCCGGGAGGAGCUGGGACGCAGCCGAGUUCUUCAGCAUCUCGGCCGGGUACCAGGGGAAGUGAUCGUCCUAGGGCAGCUUCGCCUGCUCUCACGCGUAGCGUCUCACCGAGACCUGCCCCGAGGGAAGAUGUGCGAAGCAGUCACCGGUCUGCUUCUCCUAACCCACACCCCGGGACCACGAGGUCGUCGAGACCGAGUUAUGAGAGAUCGCCCAGGCAGAGCUUUGUCCGCCAGAGCCCGGCUAGUGACAUGCCUAGGGGCGCUUCACCUUCACCUUACGGCGAAUAUGGAAGAUCCAACGGGGGGGUCAGCCCAGCCGACAUGGCCGUUCAGCUAGCCCCGGUCGGGGAUGAUUUUUAUGGUUCACAACGCGGCCGAGCUGCCAGCCGCCCAGGGACAAGCAUGAGCAAUCGAGCCAUGGGCCUGUACGACGGUGGCAUCCCGGCACAAAGUGGAUCCAGGCAACGCAGCAAGAGUGUUGCCGAUCCAUCCCGACAGUAUACGCGAGACGGCCGUCCUAUUUUGCAUUUUGCGAGAGCGAUGUACAUGUACCAAGCUGCUAUACCUGAGGAGCUUGGUUUCUCCAAAGGGGACAUACUUGCUGUGUUGAGGCAUCAAGACGACGGGUGGUGGGAGGCUGAGAUACAAGGAGGCAAUGGACGCAUUGGGCUGGUUCCGAGCAAUUACCUGCAACCUUGCUGAGUGGGACUUUUCACUUUGUGUAUGAAGAAUAAGACUGGGUGAUUUAUUAUAUAUGUAGAAUCUGGCGAAGAAUCAGUAGCGAGUUGUUACCAGGUAAGGUACGUAUGGAAAUAGGCAAACAAGGGAAUUCUGAGUACCCGUAAUUUGGAG